UUGUUUUUUGGUCGGCGGUUUAGGGAUUUAAAACCCUACUUUCAGCUGUAACACGUCGCCGGAAUCUUUUCUCGUUCUAAACCCUAAACCCCUCUCACCUUUCAGACAUGGUGGAAGAAUCAAAAUCAGACAUUGAAGAAGAACAAGGAAUGGUGGUGAACGGAGGAGGGAAUAGUAAUCUUGAGGUGGUGAUGGCUUUUGGACCGUCCCACGAAGCUAAACUUAGGGAACUGUUGCAUAAGCUUUGCUCAGAAGAGAUUAAGCUAUGCUCCGAUGCUUCAAAAGAGUUUGUCAAGUUACUAAAAGGAGAAACCGGCGGCGAUUUGUUGCGUCUAUAUUUCCAAAAGUCACCCGAGUUCGCUGAGCUUCUAGAGGCAUGGAGGAUUCGACAUGGAAAGCAAGGACUACACUAUAUAUACUCUCUUAUCCAGACGGUUUUGAGUCAUCCAGAGGGGAAAGGUAGAUCAACUGAUAUCGGAACAGCUCUUGACCGGUUCUGUUUGUUCCUUAGUGAAAAUAAAAUGGAUGAGAUUUGCAAAGGAUUAAAUAGCAAAGAGAGUAAACAGCAGAAUGCUGCGCUUGGACUGUUGACUUCUAUGGUUAGACGUGGUCCACGCUUGGCGUCAGAGAUAGCUGGGAAGUUCGAUUUUAAGGGUUUUGCGAAACUGGCGGAGUAUAAAACGAGAGGAGGGGGUGGCAACGCGACGAGGAGGGCUUGUGUUGUGUUUGCAGUAUCAUUCCUCGAAGUUGGGAAGCCGAGGUUGUUAAGCGAUGUUUUACAGAAGAAGGAAAUGUAUUCGAAAGUCCUAAGAGGCCUUGGGAAAGACGAUGAUGAUGACGACACUGUGGCGUAUGUCCUGUCUACGUUGAAUAACAAGAUCCUCGUUGAAGAAUCAAUGGUUCUUCCUAGUCUAAGGAGUGUUCUUUUUGGGAUUGCUACUCUAGAGCAGCUAGCCAGCAUUUCAGCAAGAGAUGAUGAUGGUGGGACUGUGAAUGAGUUGGCCCAUGAUGUGCUUGUUAAAGUUUGUACAGACCCGUGUAAUGGAUUGAUGCCAGAUGAUACGAGGAAGUUGACUGGCAAUUUAGAAAGACUGCUAAUGUUCAUGAAGAAACUGCGAGCAACAGAGAUUGUUUAUCACAGGGAUUUGCUUCUAGCAAUUGUUAAGGGUAGACCGUCUUUAGCUUCAGCUUUCUUUGAAGAGUUUCCAUACAAUGUGGAAAAUUUUGCAUCACCUUCCUGGGUUUCUUCUAUUUCAUUGGCAGCAGAUUUGGUAUCUUCAGUAAGAAAUUCAUUUUCUUUUGAGUUUCUCAAUCCAGAUCAACGUUCUACACCUCCUUCAGGUGGUUCAGAAGUUCAGACUAUCAUGAAAGAAGUUCAGACCAUCAUGAAAUGUAUAUGCCCUCGACCAUUUAGCCGGUUGUUGAUCACCAGAGGGAUGCUUUGCCCUAAAUUUUUUGUGAAACAUGGGACCUUGAGAUUCCUCUCGGAGACGCUUUUGCUCUGGGAUUCGUUUGUUACGGCUUCUCAUGGCUGCUCUGAGCAAAUUCAGGCUUCUCUUGAACGGGAUGUCAUGGGUGAGGUGAGAAGCUUUUUUCCAGAUUCUCAGGUGUUAUUGACUGAGCUGAAGUCUCAGAGCGAUGCUAGUGGGAUUCAAAAGGCGUCUUUGAAGAGAAAAGCAGUGUUGGAGAGUGGAGUAGUAGGUAGAGAGAAACGCAUUAAGAGAUCUGAGAAGGAUGUUUUGGACGAAGUGGCUGGUGAUAUCGUCAUUGGUGGGGUAGGUUUGGCAGAGGAUCCUGUGGAUGCUCAGAUGUUAGAUGGAAAUGAAUAUCUUCAGAAUGUUUCAGAAAUUUGGGCUUCAGAGCGUUGUUCCAAGCCUGUUGAUUCAGCCGAAGAAGCAGAGAUGUACUUGCGCAUAAAGAUUAUGGAUGUUCUUAGAAUUUAUGUGCGUACUGUGCCUAAUGUGCUUGAAGGAUCGUUUGAUGUCUUCAUGAAAUUUCUGCCUAAUCAACGUUCUUCAUGGUUGCCAGCUGAAUUGCAAAGAGCUGUCUUGUCUUUUCUUAAUGAGUACAUCAGCUGGAAGCCAAGGUCCCAAAGCGAGAGCGUUCCUACAAGAAUGCCACCACUUAUGUACAUGCAGUUGGAAGUAUUCGUGAAUUUGUUUCUUUUCUCAUCAGACGACGACGUGAAGGAUCUAGCGUACAAUUUAGCAGUGGUAGCUAUGAGCAGCACUGGUGCUUUUGACAAAAAUCCAAGUGAAAUUGGUGCAUGGUUUCGGUUUCUACAAGGUUUUGGAAAUACUAAAGGACCUCUUAAGGUUCAGGAGGCUGUACAGAGCACGUCAGCAGUUGUUAUCUCCUUUUUAUAUGAUGCAGUUAGGACAGUUGGAAAGAAUAUGUUCAAGUACUUGGAUAUUAUCAGAAGUAGCCUGUCCCAUUUAAAAGGUGUAUCAAUUGGUUUCAGCCCCCUAAUUGUUUGUGUUCUGCAAAAGUGUGUGAAGCUACUAACUGUAUCUAAAAGCCUUACUUUCCCGGAGAAGUCAGCAAUAUCUCUGUACGUUUGCACCACGCUGAAAUAUCUUUUGCAAACUCAGGUAGAUUCCAGACCACUCUCAUGUUUGGUGGAGUCAGUUUUGUCUGAGGUGGUUGAUGAAUCUAAGGAUUCUCUAUGUGAAUGGUGGCCAUUGAGAGCGUUGCUGGUUUUCUCACAAUCUUUGUCAGACAAAAAACCUUUCAUCUUGCAUUCCAGAAGGACAAUAUGUCGACUUGCCGAUGCUUCUUUUGCUGAUACUCUUGAUGAGAUCAAAGGGCUGGUGAGACGUAGUUCUCCGGAUGAAAUUGCUGGAAUCGUUCAGUCGUUCUCUUCUGCAUUGAUAUGUGCAAGACCUGAAUCGAUUCUGGAGAAUUUUGAUUCUGUGAUGGCUAUUUCUUGGACUCUCUACGGAACAUCAUUCUCAAUCUUACAGGCGAUGGCCUUUCUAGAGGAAAACUUCGUCGGAGACCUUUCAAAGCUGUCGCCUGACUUGCUUGUGCGAGGUUCAGAACUUACUGGGUCAAGAAGUCUUCGUGAAGGAACAGUAUAUAGUGAGACUUGUUUUGAGGACCACUCAUCCAUAACUGAAGAAAUCAAAAGUAAGAUGGACGUUUGCGAUACUGAAUCUCCCGCCUUCCCUACUUUUUUAGAGCAGCUUCCCUUUCCUGAACUGCUUACCGCAAUUAAAAGCAUGGAUAUAUCUUGGUUACCAAGAGUAUCAGAGUUACUGCUGCUAAAAGUUUCGCAUCCUAAAAGUGAUAGUUUUGAAUCUGUCAAAUUAAUACUCUUCCAUCUCUACCAUAUACGAUCAUCUUACAAGGUUCAACCAGCUCCGGUACACUGUCAACUCUCUAAGAUCUGCUUACGUCUCAUGAAGCACUUGUUCUCUCAAAUAUCAGAGCUGGAACCCUCUUCAGAUAAAGUGCUUGCUCCUUCUGCAAAGUGGAAGCAUCAAGUGGCCCAGACUGUUCUCUGCCACCCAGUUGUGAUGGCACUGUUGGAGAGUCCCUUGGAUUGUGGCACAUUACCUCUAGUGCAGAAUGUUGAGAUUUUUCCAGAAACGUCGCUGGCAACGGGCAGGAUAGUUCUUAGUGAAAUAGAUCAGCACAUCCUUGAUCUAUUGGCGACUACUUGUGAGCAUUUUUUGUUUGAUGAGACACACAUUGUGCAGAAAGGGGAGCUCAGGGACCACAAGUCAAUUGUGGCUUUUAAAACCUUGGUUGAAACGCUUCUCUUGGAAUUCAGAGGCAAGUUGGAGCUUUGUGUUGGUACUCAAAGUUACGCGCCGCUUCUACAACCAUCACAAGUAAUUCAUGCUUUGUUGAGGUUUAUAUCACCUUUUAAACUUUUAAAUCUUGCUCGUUCCAUGCUGGUUGAUGUGGAAGAAUUGGCAAGCCCAAAUUUGAGUAAGAUUGUCAGUUUGGGACUGGAUAUUGCUGGCGGGGCUUUCGAAAUGCUUACAUUGUAUUCACAGCAGACGGCUGCUAAGAGAAAGAUAUAUGAUCUGUUGUGGGAUUUAGAAGAAAAGAAUUAUGACAGUAACCUCCUUGAGGAAGUCUAUAGCCUAGCAUGCAGGUUUUCUACCUCUUUUGGUUUGGUUUCGGCAGACACGUGUUUGCUUAAAGUUGGGGGUGCCAUUUUCAGGGGGAAACAUAAUCAGCAUAGUAGUGCUCACCUGUUGACCGUGAUAAUCUCACAGAUUGUUGGUAGAACCCCUGAAGACUUGAUUAUCCAUUGCAUUAACCAGGCAAGCAUGACCAGAGCCAAGAUAUUGUUUUAUUUUGUGGAGUCCAGUCCCUUGCAUCGGUCAGUCUUUGGACACUUUUUCUAUAGUAUGCUCAGUAAGCAACAGGGCGACUCUGCGCUUACUGAUGAUCAGUUUAUCAUGCUUCUGCCUGCUGUGCUAUCGUAUCUUUCACCAAUUUUUGCUAAACCCGAGAAGCCGUGGAGUAGAUGUUUGGAUAUAACUUCAGUUUAUUCAAAUAUACUAAUAAAUGGUUUUCUACAGUGGCCGAAGUUUUCUUCUGGGUGCAUCUUUGACGAGAAAUAUGAAGAGAUUCUUCUGUCGACGACUGAGGAUAUCGACACUAUGUUUAAGGCGAGUCUUCUUGGGAAGGCAGUGCGUAUGUUUCAGGAUCACUUCGCCUGGACUGAAAGUCCAACUAAAAGAGAAGAUCUCUUAAAGGUAUUCCAGUCCAUGUUUCCUCACACUAGUGCUGGCAAAGAGAUGUUGGAUUGCAGAAUAAAAGAAGUGGACGUUCAGUCAGUAGACUGUAUGUUUAAUGUUGCCAUCCGUGAAGUUGCCAAAGUCGAACUCUCAAGGAUCUGUUUGUUUCCUGCGUCUAGCAAUCACAAACGUCAAGCAGGUAGUUGUGUGAAGAAAAGUUCCUCAGAAAUGGGAUCCAACAAUGAGAGUUUAUUCACGCCGUUAUUGAGUUACUUAGUUGAUAGGUGGCAAUGUGUUGUCAAGAGAUUUGAUGGUUCUUUUAAAGGGAAUGCCGAGAGGAAACAAGACAAAUGUGGGUUGCUGUGCAAAAGUCUUGAAAACUUCAUUCUGAGAAAUAUUCUCAAGUUUUUGGAAGACAUGUGCGAGGAGCUUGUUCACUUGGAUUCCCUUCCUUUCCUGGAGGGACUGAUGAAGUCUGUUCUUCUGUACAGAUUUGAUGACUCGAGGACAUUGAAGAUACUGAGGGAAAUUUUCUCCUUAUUGUCUAGAGGAAAGUACUCAUAUGCACCAUAUAUACAACUCCUAAUAUCUCACUCUCAGUUUACACCGACUAUCAGUUCUCUAUCAUCCUCACACACUGGUGAAUUGUUUAGGCCUAUCUCCAGCAUUUUAAAACAUCUUAUCAUCCCAAGUCCAGAUUCUGUCAGAGUUGGAAGUUGUAGUCUCCAAGCACCUGACUAUAUGAAGCAGUUGGAGAUUGUCAAAAUUCUCAGAGUGCUGCUCUCCAAAUGUGGGAAAGACUCAGGAAUCAUUCUGAAAGAACUACACUUUCUUCUUUUGUGUUCUUAUGGUGCAACUCUAAGCGAAAUCGACAUAGAGCUCUACAGGCUGAUACGUGAUAUCGAGUUAGUUGAUGAGGAACACACGCUAGAUGUUUCUGAAACAGGUUAUUUGUGGGGUAAAGCUGCCUUGAAAAUGAGAGAGGGACUGCGUCUCUCUCAGGAUGCAUCUGAUGGUGGCGAAGAUGAUUUAGUGGAAGAUCUCCGAUUGAGACUUUUUAAAGAGAAUCUUUGUGUUGAUCCCAAAAUAUGUGCUCUAACUGUUUUAUAUUUUCCUGAUCAACGAAGCGCUGAUGAUCCAGUAAGCGAGGAAUUCUCACCUAUAGUUGAGGACAUUGAACGAUAUGAUCCGGCUUUCAUCCUGCGAUUCUCAAUGCAUUCAUUGUCCGUGGGAUAUAUUGAACCUUUGGAAUUCGCCAGUUUAGGCUUGCUUGCAGUUGCAUUUGCGAGCAUGUCUUCAGCAGAUCUUGGGAUGAGAAAAUUGGCCUAUGACACUCUUAUGAUGUUUCUGGACGUUCUUGAGAGUUGCACGAGGAAUAAGCAAGUAAAGUGGAUUAGGCUUCUGCUGCUGUGUCUGAAAAAUGGAGUUGAGGAACCAUGGCAAAGAAUCCCAACUGUUUCUGCUGUUUUUGCCGCUGAGGCAUCUCUUAUAUUAUUGAAUUCUUCUCACGAACAUUAUGUUCCCAUUAAAAAACUGUUGAAGAGCUCACCUUCACUGAAUCUCAGGGGAAUACCUUUAUUUCAUGAAUUUUUGUGGAGCAGUGCAUUUAACUUUAAAUCACAGAGGCUUUGGGAACUUCGCCUAGUUUGCGUGGGCUUGAAAUCAGAUGACGAUGCUAAGCUCUACACUAGAAACUCCAUCCUUGAGGAUAUGAUGAGUUUUUUCUCAACUCCUCUUGCUGAUGAUGAAACUAAAGGACUAAUCCUUCAGGUUGUGAGGAAGUCAGUCAAAUUCCAGGCCAGACAUCUAGUUCAAAAUUGUGGUCUGUUUUCAUGGUGUUCAUCACUUAUCUCAAUGUUUACUACAAAGCCCAUUGGAGACGAAGAUUUUCACCUGGUGAUUGUCUUGAAUGUUAUAACUGAUGUUCUGGCAUCCAGAAGCGUUACACAGUGGUUGCAAGGGGAAGAGAUGAGAGGAGGGCCCUAUGGAGAAUGUGGUCAGAAAUCCACAACAGAGUCCGACCACAACAACAACCGAAUUGAUCAUCCAUUUCCCCUAGAAGGGCUAGUGGAAAUCUCAUCGCGUUUAUGCAGACUUUUGGUUGGUGGAUUGGUUUCAAUACAAGAAAAUACUACUUUGGUUGAUUUGAUUCUGCAGAUACUGUCUGCUACUCUAAAGAUAUCACAGAAAGUACGAAAAAUAUACCAGCCACAUUUCACCAUCACUAUCGGUGGGAUACUACAACUCUUUGAGGCUGUUGCUAACUGCGAUUCUCCUCAAGUCGAAGCUAGUGCAGAGCGUGGGCUUGAAACUAUAUUAAUGAGCACCCCGCCAUUUGAACUUAUAUGCAUGGACAUAGACAAGCUGAGAAUGUUUCUUUUGUGGGGAACAUCGACAGCAUUGAAGAGUGACCUUAGAAAGGGAUCUAAUCCAAGUGAGUCUCGUCAAGAUACUAAAACACUCACUAAAGAACCACAAGAGGAGAGUAUGGUAGCAAAGUUUCUACGUUGGCUGUGUGCUUCUGUGAUUCUUGGGAAGCUUUAUUCUAAGGCUAACGAUUCGGACCCGUCGGUCUUAAGUAAAACAAAGCCAGAAACUUUGCUGACAUUGUUAGACUACUUAAAGACAAGGAAUCUAGAAGGUAGCGAGACAAAGUCCGAACACAUAAUAGGGGAAGCAAUCGUACACCUCCAACAGCUUUUGUCUACAAACUACAGCGUCCUUCCCUCUGUUGUAUGUGCACUUUCUUCCAUGCUUCUUCGUAAUGGCCUCGAAAUUGCAGGUUCAGAGUCUGGUUGCGAUUACAAGCUCAUCGAAUCUCUGUGUUGUGGAAUAAGCAGUCCUCCCGAGGCUACACCAGACUGGAGAUGGUCUUAUUAUCAAGCAUGGAAGGAUCUUUCAUCCGAACCGGCCACAGAUCUGCAAAAUAUCGAUGAACGUCAUGCAUGCCAACACCUUCUGCUGAUAUUCUCUGAUAUGCUUAGAGUAGAGCCGGGGAAAUCUCAAAUGGUGUUGCUUCAUAAAAGUUUUGACAUGUCUAGUGUAUUUGAUUGGGAAAGAGGUUUAGUUGAGACCUAGUCAUUUUGUUCUAUCAUCCAAAUCAAUCAGUUUUGCUUUAUCAAUUAUCAGUGACAUAAGUUAUUGAUUGACACAUGUGAACAAUUGUCAAGUUUUGUUGUAUCAAUGAUAAUUGUUACCAAGUGAUUUCCAUAUAAA